CCAACGAUAAAAAUGAUUACUUUCUAAGUUAUUUAGUACGACAAAUGUUUUAAGGUUUCUGUACGUUUGAUUUGUAAUGUCUCAAAGCUUGAAGAGUAAGACUUAACGCAGCCUGGUUCCAAGUACGAGGUAUUUAACGAAACGACUUUUGUAUAUGCCGCCAAGUCAGUUUAACUAGAACGAUGGCCAGCAGAUGGUGCCUAUACUCGAGCAACAGUCUCACACACGGGAGUUUCUAGGCCCUGUACGUAAUCGCGUGUCCACGCACGGUGAACGCUAGCACUCGUUUGCUAGACGGCCGGCUAGCAAAACGAGUCGAUUUCUCCUGGUGCGCGAUAUCGUGGUAAAAGGUGGAGAGGAGACGUAGCUCGUUGAGGAAUUCGAGGGUAUUGUCGAGGGUACCGGUACGAGGGGAGCUUGUGGUAGUUGCAACGACGGCGGCAGCGACGGCGGUGGCGGCGGCGGCGGCGACGGCAUUGUCCUGCUUGUUUUGUUGUCUCGCGCGAAACGCACAGGUGGAAAAGAGAAGAAGCUAUCGCGUUGUCGAGGAACCGAGGAGUGACGGAGGCGAGCGAGACGGUGUGUACGAGUCGUAUAGAGAAGAGACUGGUGGUGUGUCGUUUACGAAUGCCUCUAGGUAUACCGUAAAAGCGAACAGCGAACGUCGCGUAAAAGGGAGAAAGAAGGAGAUAGGGAGAGGUAGAGAAGAAAAGAUUCGGUACGGUGGUGAAAGAGAAAGACGAGAACGAGAGGAGAUAGAUAGGAGAAGACGGGAAGGUGGGAGAGAAAGAGAGACGGAAAUAAAGAAGAACGAAAGGUAGCCAGUGUACAGGACACGAGGAGAGACAACAGAGCCAGAGAGAGAGAAAGACACGAGAAGCGCAUUAGAGUGCGUGAUCCAAAAUGGCGCUGAACCAGGACGUGGACCAGUUGUCGAAGAGUAAUCUCGUGGUAAGGAUCGAUCAAAACUCUGAAUCGGAUCUACAGGCGCUCUUCGACAGCGUCCUGAAGCCAGACUCGAAGCGUCCGCUGCAAGUACCACUGCGCAUGCGCAAUCUACCAGAUUCCUUCUUCAAUCCACCGUCGACGGGUAGCAAGAGUCCCUCGAUUUCGCAUUCCCGGGAGAAUUCGGCGGAUUCGGCGUUCGGUACAGCGGCCGUCGCAGCGGUCGGCGGCGGUGGUGCACCCGGUGGAAACGCGACCGGUGCCACACCGGCUACCGGGGCNNCGGCUGGCCUCACCGUUGCUCAUCCUCGCGCCCACAGCAGCCCGGCCUCUCUUCAGCAAACCUACGCCUCGGCUCAGCAGGCGCCUCAGCACGCGCCCCAGCCGCACGCGCGUCACCACCAUCACCCUAAGCAACGCAGCUACGACGUCAUCAGUACGGUCGACGACCUGGGUCCCCUGCCACAUGGAUGGGAACAGGCGCGCACCCCCGAGGGACAAAUCUACUUCCUCAACCACCUGACGCGAACUACGACAUGGGAGGAUCCACGAAAAACAGCGGCAGCGGCAAACGUGGCGGCCGUGGCCGCAGCCGUCGACAACGGGAAAUCCACGAGCGCCGCUACAAAUUCCCUAGGCCCGUUGCCCGAUGGUUGGGAACAGGCGCGUACUCCCGAAGGAGAGAUCUACUUCAUUAAUCAUCAGACGCGUACCACCUCGUGGUUCGAUCCUAGAAUCCCAACGCAUCUGCAAAGGGCCCCGACUUCUGGUGCUAUGUUACCUCAGAAUUGGCUGCAACAGCAACCCGCAGGUGGUGGUAUUCAGAGUAAUCAAACGUUGCAAGCGUGUCAACAGAAACUUCGUCUUCAGUCGUUACAGAUGGAACGUGAACGUCUUAAACAACGGCAACAGGAAAUUAUGCGCCAACAAGAAUUGAUGCUUCGACAGAGUACCACCGAUGCCGCCAUGGAUCCAUUCUUAUCAGGAAUCAAUGAGCAACACGUGCGUCAAGAAAGCGCAGACAGUGGCCUGGGACUUGGUUCAGCUUAUUCUCUUCCUCACACUCCGGAAGAUUUCCUCGCGAAUAUCGACGACAACAUGGAUGGUACAAGUGAUGGAGGUGCACCAAUGGAGACACCAGAUCUCUCAACUUUGAGCGACAAUAUCGAUUCCACCGACGAUCUUGUCCCAUCGUUACAGUUGAGCGAGGAUUUCAGUAGCGACAUUUUGGACGACGUGCAAUCGCUGAUAAACCCUAACACGACAAAACCUGAAAACGUGCUGACGUGGCUGUAGUGUGCGGAGAGAGGGAAUUGUCUAUGACAGGCAAGCAAUCGAUGAAAUCGACUCGAUAAACAAAAAAGAAAACAAAAAAAUAAGAAACAAAACAAUAUCGCAAUUUUGAUACGUUUAAACCGAACGGAACGUAAAGAGUAACGACUAUUCCAUUAAGAAAACAAAAAACAGAAACAGGAACAGAAAAAUACUGGAAAAAACGCACGUGAAACGAGAAAAUUUUUAAAGUUUAAGUAGAAAAGGAAGGAGAGCCUUAAUUGCAACGCGCUAUGCUCAACGUAUAUUACGAAUCAUGUAUACAGGAAUAUUUCGUAGGGUGUCUUAGAAAACGUUCACGUUAAAUCGUAAGAUCGUGUUCUGCACAAAGAUUUCAUUUUUAGCUGCCAUGUUAAUGAAAUAAAGAUGGUAAGAAAAAGAAGAAGAACUAUAAAAUUCGAAGCCUCAGAAAUGUAGUGUUCAUGGCAAGCUUGUUUGAGUCUUCCUGAAAAGAUGCGUUCGAGAAUUUUAAGCAGGCCGUUUAAUUAGCAUCGAGGCUUUCCGACAAUCUGAAACACUUGUCAGCAUUUUAUCUUUCUCUUCUUUUUUUACCACCUGUUGAAACACGAUGAUUGAAGCUCUUGGAAUCUUAGGACAAAGGAACGCGAUCUUCGAUAUGUAGAAUUUCGAGAAGAUUGUUUUCUUUCUAGGACACCUUGCAUGAUGUAAAUGACCAUUGUAUUCGGGUCUUUCUCUUUCUCUCUUAAUUAUUAGAGCGUUCGAGCGUUUGUAUGUUUUCUUUUUUUGUAUGCGUGUAUGAGUGCAUUCGUGUCCCCCUCCCCCGGUCCCCGACAUUUUGUAUAUAUAUAAGUUUGUAUUUCUAUUUACUAAAGCAUCGUACGAGAGGGAGCGAGAGAGAGGACUGAAUAUUUUGCCUAAUAAUAUUUAAACGCGCGUUCACGCUCACACGAUCAUCGAGAAGAAAGAAGAAAAGAGCGCGGCGAACGGUGUGUUAAGCUCGAUUUAUUAUAUCUUCCCGAUAGUAUGGAGAUAGGACAAGUUGAAUUGUUGUUUAAUUAUAUUUAUAAUCAACGUUGGUUUAUACAAUGAGGAGAAAUCUGGUAUCAUGACAUAUCAGAUUUUUUUGAACGGUACACAUAUAGGAUCUCGCGCGUGAUUAAGGAAAAAAAAUGAAUUCUUUCUUAACGCUUUGACGGCCGACAUCUUUUUAUACCUGACAGGAGAUUAUUCGUAUAAUUAUGUUACAGAGUUUCCGCAAAAUUACUGAUUUUUUAUUUGUAAUUUGUACACGAAGAAUAAUGGACACCGGCCGUCAAAGCGUUAGGGAACACCAUACCUGAUGUGUUCACGGGAUUUCAAGAUAUCAAUUGAAAAUUCGUGAAACGUGUAACGCGUAACGAAAAUGCAAAAUAAGUGCAAUUAUUAUACGGAAAAAAUACGCUACCGUGUAGAAGGGGAAAAAAUAACGGAAGAGAGGUGAUAUUUUAUUCGUUGAUUACAUUAUAACGGUGAUCUUCGCGCGGUGUUUACGGAAGCAAAAAGCAAGCGGUGCGACGUCUAAAAGUAUCGAAGCAUUUUUAAACACACACUCGCGUCUAUAACUUCGAAGUUGGCAUACGGAGCAAAUCGUGUUUACCGUGUGUUGUGUGUAUGAUUCAGAUUCGAAACAGAUUUUCUUCGAAUCGUCGGUGUCCAAAGUAUAUACAUAUAUAUACACGUACAUGUAUAUAUACACACACAAUUAUAUAUACACUGCAAUCGAGUGUCGAUAAUGCUCAGACUAAUUUUACAAAGCGAAUUAAUGCUUGAACGAAGUGCCUUUUCAUUGCAAUCGAUUAGUAAAAAAAAACGACGAUCUAAUCAAAUAAUCGUCACCUUUCAAAGCAAUAACCGUCCAUACGAGAUGUUUACGUGAACAUGUGGUAAUUGUUAAAAUAGGCAAACUUUUUUUUUCUUUUUUUUUAAACCCUUUUUAAAUACGGUGAUUACGUAGAAUAGGGGAAACCUCGUCGACUUUGAUGACCUCGAUGUAGUAUUAUAAAGAUCAGAUCUAAAUGUUUCUUAUACACGUGACGUUCAAAGAUAUACAUAACUCUUUUUCAGUGAUCUUGGUAGUUAAUUAUUGUUACUACUCGUACAGACUAUCAUGAUUUUUGUAAUGUAUAUCAGGAUCGUUGAAAUUGAUCAGGUUUACCCUGUUCUAUGCAAUCACCUUAAAUACUUCGAAGAGGGGAACACAAAAUAUGAAUAUAUAUAUAUAUAUUUUUUUUAUAUAUAAAGUCUAUACUUGUUACGAAUUGCAGUUAUAUUGGUAUUUUGAGAAGAAGAAAAGAAAAAACACUUGUUAGAUUGUAAAAUUCUCUUACGUUUUAUACUACAUUACAGUUAUAAUUAUGGAGAUUACAGAAAGAAAAGGAGAGAGAGAGAGUAUAUGAUAUUUAUAGAUUAUCUUUAAAUAUCUCUUUUUAGCGUUAAGGAUCAUUUCGUCUUUAAAACUCGUCCCCCAUUUUUUCUUUUCUGGGAAACGCGAAAGAAAGAAAGAAAGAAGAGGCCGUUCUACUAGUGUCUGUUUCGCGUGAAACAAACACGUGUAGUUAAUUGUUAAUUAAAGUAUGCGUAUAUUUAGUUACAUGGCAGCUUGAAAACAAAAACUAGAGGUUGACGUAACUAUUUUCUUUUUCAGCACGAAUUUGAGGCGACAUGAGUACCAGUGAUCAAAUGAAUUUCUUUUACUUAUUCCGACUGAGAUCUAUUUUCUUCUUAAAUAGUACUGUUGUAUUUUUUGUUAACAAAAUAUUUGUUAUACGAAGAUUAGAACUGGAAAUUCGAAUAAUUCUACAGCUCCAAUAAUUAUUAUAAUUAUUGACACGUUGAUGGCCAGAGACCAAUAGGAGCUCAAACUUAAUAUGAUUAAACAUCUAUACAAAAAUUUUUAAUCAAUUGUUAUAUAGGAUUAAUGGUAUAUUCUGUUAUGUAUCAAUGUUGGGAUUGAAAAAUAUGUUAUAAAGAUUGCAUAAUAAUAGAAAUUUUAAUGAUAUAUGAAUAAUUUCAACGUGUUAAACAAUCAAAAUUCUCUGUACAUUUAAUAGUUACGUCAACACUCAAAAUCGUUCAUCGAUUUGUAAUUUCGUUACAUAGAUGUAUAAAUAAAACCGUGUAAUAAGCUCUUCCGACUUUUCCCGCGUUCAGGAAAAGUUCGCGAAGAAGCUUCUAAUUAUUAAUUAGAAUUUCGUUUUCGGUGUUAUUGUUCGCGAGCACGGUUUUCACCGAUUUUUUCUGUUGCUACGCUAGCCGUGCGAGCGAAGAGAGCGAGUAUUCGACCUCUUUCUUUUUUUUUUAAUUUUUUAAGGGAAUAAUAAAACGAUCAUGUAAUAUCCAUUCGAUAUUUUGUGUUACUAUCUGUAUUAUUCGACUGAGACUUGGAAAGCGAUCGCUUUUACAGUUAAGUGUGUCGAUGCCAAGAGAAAUAAAUAGUACUUGUUUUA